UACAAGAUGACAGGUGCACUGGUGCCACAGAGGCAGGGACUGUGGAUUAUUUGUGUGGUUUUGAUCACUGCAGCUGGAGAGGACAUUCCUUGUCCAAAUGGUGGUCAGAUCCACCUGGCCAGCCGGCGAUGCUAUUGGCUCUCUGAGAUGACAUCGUCAUGGCCUGAGGCGCAGGACUCAUGCAGAGAGACCAAGGGAGGAGAUCUGGCAUCUGCUGACAGCCUGGAGCUGCAGAACUUCAUCCAUUAUGCUUUCCCACUGACAACCACUGUGUGGGUGUGGCUGAAGGGAUCAGGGGAAGAAGGGUCUGACCAGGUUGGGGUUGUGGAGCCAGUGAGUCCUGCAUGGUGGACCGGAGGCAGUGAGAGUCAGAGGGGGUGUACUCAGAUGGUCUUAGGGACACAGGGACGAUGGAGGAAGGCUCUGUGUGCUGGACGAUAUCUUUUCCUCUGUGGAAAAGAAGUAACUGUUUCUUUACCAUCUGAGGACAGUUACCUGACUGGAUUGGUGCUCAUGACCAGCAUCUAUGCUCAGACCCAGAUACACCCCUUUCCCAAGGUCCCAGACAUCGGACAACUCCCAGUGGAGAUGCAGCUGUUCCCAGGGAUGUGGUUCAGUCAUGCAGGUCAGCUGGAAUCAGUAGAGCUGGUAGUCCAGCCCAGUCCAGUGUCCUCUCAGGCCCGUGUCCAGAUCCUCCGACCCUACUGCAACCCCAACCACCACCUGGUUCCUCCAGGCUGCAGCUCUCUCCUUAAUCCAUUCACGUGCUGCUCAGCAGUACCUCUGUGUAACACCACAGGGGGCUGCAGCAUGGGCCAGUACUGGUGCCACCUGCUGGAGACCUGUGUGCCCACCACCAGUCCCUGCAGCCCCUACGACUCUGCAGCAGAAGGCCGUGGCUUUACCUUACCGCCCAGAUACCUUGCAAUACCACCCUUCUACCACCUGGUGGCUGACCUGCCUCUGAGCGUUAACCCGAGCUCUGAUUUAAAAACUAUAAGUUUGCUUCUUCCAGAUCGAGCGAUCAUGGUGUACCCUGAUGAUAUUGUGGCUAUACAACACACUCGCGACCCUGGAACAUUCCUCCAUUGCCUGAACAGUGAAGCUUCUCUAAACUCUCCGUGGCGCCAGACUUACAUGUCCCUUAGGAGGACGGAAUGGGGAGGCUGGUGGGAGGGAGGCCUCACUUCUCUACCCCAGGGAGGCCAGUGGGUGGACGGAGUGGUGUGUAAUCUGAGGAUGCUGUAUUUGGACAAUUUACACAGAGGUACUGAGCAUGAUUAUAACUUUGGCUUCACCAACAGAGAGACAACCACAGCUCCAGAUAUUUGGGCCCUGACAACUCAGAGUCUGAGAUCUAAUUUUGGGCUUAACGUCAUCCACCCCGUGCCAGAUGAAAAGAACCAGAUUCAUGUCCAAGUCAACGUCCCAACACUAAUUGUUGUCAAGGUCCUGUCUGGGGAGAAAGCCAGCAGCUCAUGGUCAGCCCCAGUUCUUCAGACUGGGGUCCCCUUUUUUCCAUCUUGCCCCAGAGAGAUGGCUCAGUCUGUGCUUGGCUGUAAGAGACAGUCCCAUGAUGCCUGGUUCUCCUCUGUGACCCUGGUGUUGCCCUUAGUGGGAGUUCAAACACUGAACAUCAGCGUGAUGGAUGCAGUAAGCUCUCGGAGUGUGAGUGUGAGGGUUUUUGGCUACGAAGCAGUCACGGUGCUUAGUGUUGAGCCACAUGGAUGCUGGAGAACUCUCAUAGACGCUCCACAGUCAUUUAUAGCCAAAGUGGAGAGCGGUUCCUCAGUAAAAUUCAUGUGGGUGAUUGACGACCUGGAGAAGUUUGCCCAUGAGGGAGAAUCUUAUAGUGUGGUGUUCAAGAAACCUGCUAAGUAUAAGCUCAAGGUGACAGCCUCCAACCCUGUGAGCACUCAGAGUCAAGAAAUCCUCCUGUCUGCUGAUGAAAUGACCCCAAUGGCUGAGCCAGAGUUCCUGUUAGUCAGGGAGGUCAUAGCUGUGGGUGCUACACACCUCUACACCCUCAGGGUCAAAGUGGAUAUCUCAAUGCCUGUCACUUUCAGAUGGGAUUUUGGGGAUGGCAGUAGCAAGGUGUUCCACAGCCAGUCUGCUCCAUGUCACACCAUGGAAGGGCUUAUGGAGGGAGGAGGGAAGCAAGUGUAUGUCCAGGACUCAGUGAACUAUACCUUUUCCAUCCCAGAUGACUACACACUUCAUGUCCAAGUCUCCAACCAAUAUGACAACACUGAAGCAUCCAUGAAGAUAAGUGUCCGCCCACAAUUAAAUCACCUCCUCAUUUCCUCUUCCCUUCCGGUGCCCCUCGUCAAACAGGCUCUCCUUCUGGAAGCUUCUGCAGAGCCCUCCACCUAUGCUAUCAUCUACACAUGGGACUUUGGCGAUGGCUCUGAAGCAGUCCAAGGCGUCCACCAUAAAGUCAACCACACUUUUACAUCUGCAGGAGUUUAUAAUGUCACAGUGUGUGCCAACAACACUCUUACAGUCCUGACUGCCUGGCUCAUGGUGGAAGUUAUGGAGGAAAUCUCAGGAUUGAUGGUCAGCUACGAUGGACCCAGUGAACUUGGCUCUGCUACAGAUUUCAGAGCUACAGUGGCCACUGGUACGAGUCUCAUGUGGAAAUUUGACUUUGGUGAUGGGGCCCUUCAGGGAUACCUCACAGAUGGUACCAUCUCCCACAUCUAUAAGUCACCAGGGAUCUAUACAGUCAAUCUAACUGUCUGGAAUUCUGUCAGCCAAGCUCAUCAGUCUAUGAGUGUAGAGGUCUAUAAGUUGACUGUUAGCAGAGUUCUCCCUACAGAAUGUGUCAUGAGUGGAAAAGACAUACCAUUUACUGCUCUGGUGAGUGGGAACAUAUCCAAUUUGACUUUCCAUUGGCUGUUUGGAGAUGGUUCACCUCUGACUGAAGUGAGGGGGCAGUCAACGGCCAUGCACAAAUUUCAUAGCCAAGGAGUUUUUCAUGUAAUUCUGACUGUGUUUAGUUCUAUUACAUCUGUAUUAUUUAAUACGACUAUCUGUGUUGAAGCCCCAAUAACCAACAUGACAGUGCAGUCAUCACAGGAAGUAGUGGCAGUAGGAGAAGAGGUAUGCCUCAGGGUGUUAGUUUCUCCUGUGCAGAUGAAAGGUUACCAAUUUAAGUGGUUUAUCAGCCCCUCUGGUCUCACUGCUGUGACAGAAAACACUCGCAAGUGUUUUAUCUUUAAAGAUGAAGGUGUUGAAGAGGUAUCAGUAACAGCAAGUAACAAAGUCAACAACAAAACAGCCAGCGCUCGUAUCAUCAUUCAGAACCCUGUAAGUAAGCUGUCUGUGGCACAUGAUAGCCAAAGUGGCACACUGACAGUCAAUACGUUAGCAUCAUUUUGGGUUGCUAGUUGCACUGGCAGUAAUGUUUCAGUGCUGUGGGAUUUUGGAGAUGGAUCCCUGGUGGAGCAGAAGUUAAACACGUCACACAUGUUUACCUCGACGGGUCAGUUCACAGUCACUGCCACAGCAUUUAAUGCUGUUAGCCGUGAUUCUGUGACCCUUAAAGUUAACGUUUUACCGUCUAUUUCAGACCUUUCACUUCAUACGAAUCAGCCGUAUGCUGUAGUAGGAGAAGAAACUCUUAUCUCAGCAAUUAGCAGUGCCAUCAGUAGCACCAACUAUUACUGGACUGUGGAUGGUAUGACCUCAACCAAACAGGGGACUUAUCAGUUUAGGUUUGCUUUCCUGAAAGCAGGAGUGUAUCAAGUGAGAGUUAUAGCACAGAACUUGGUGAGUAGAAAGGAGGCAUCUAUUUUAAUUGAGGUCUUUGAAAGAAUAGAGGGUCUUCAGAUUGCAUGUCAAAACAUGACAAACACGAAAUAUGUACUGACACAAGAGGAACUGAUGUUUAUUGCUUCAAUCACCAAGGGCUCCAAUGUCACUUAUCACUGGCUUGUGUCACAGAGCGGAAUAAACCAGCAAAUUACUGGUGAUGGAGAGCUUUUUCAUAUUGUAGCUGAAGCUCCCGGCAGGAUUUCAGUUCAGCUAAGAGCUUUGAACAAGUUGGGUGAGGCCAAAAGCAUUAUUUCUUUAGAGGCAGUACAACGUGUAACAGGUGCACACAUUACAACACAAUCAAACAUUGUGGCAUCAGGGAAAUUAGUGAAUAUCUCUGUGUCCGUGGUUACUGGGUCAGACUUACAGUACCUUUGGUAUGUGACGUCUGAUCUUUCACCCCUACAAACACACAUGCCCUUUCUUCUCCACACAUUUACAAGUGUUGGACAUUGUCUUGUCAAAGUUUCAGUUCAGAAUGUGCUCAGCCACAGCAAUGUCACCACAGAGUUUAAUGUUCAGGAGGAGGUCCAAAAGGUGGACUUUGAAAUUGAAGGAAAGAAGCAUCCAUUUUAUGUCACCACAAGUGCUGCCGUUUACCUCCAUGGGCGUAUUCAGAGGGGUAGUGAUCUGCACUGGAACUGGAAAGUUAGAGGUGCUAUGCCUUUUAGUGCUACUAAUCAGACCUGUAUCUACACUUUUCCAAGUGCAGGCAUCUAUCAGGUGUCUUUGAAUGUCUCCAAUGGGAUAAAUUGGCAGAUGGUUUCACACAGUGUCACAGUUGAGGACGCAAUCAAAGGUCUAAUGCUGAACAUUUCCAAGUCAUCUGUUUGCACCAAGGAAGCAGUUACCUUUAUUCCAACAAUCUCCAAAGGAAGCAAUGUAAGCUUUGUUAUAACAUUUAGGAACAAAGACUGGAUUCAUAGUCAGGGCAUUCUGGAAGGGUGGUUCACCACAUCAAGCCUUCCAGCAGGGACGCAUCUAGUUACAGUGAAGGCUUGGAACCAGGUCGGUAGUGUCGAGGUUUCUUCAGACAUUCUAGUUACUGAGCAUAUUCAAGGUUUGCGACUUGUGCAUUGUUGUUUGGCUACUCUAGAGGCUCUGAAAGCGAUCCAGUUCAAGGCAGAAGUUGAAAGUGGACUUCCAGUCAAAUACACUUGGAUGUUUCAGUUGAAGGGGUUUGAGCCCACAUGGCUCAUGGGACAAGAAGUGCUCUUUACCCCACCAGAGAGUGGUUCAUUGUCUGUUAGCGUGCUCGCCACCAAUGGAAUCUGCUCCAAGACGGUAAAUGAUACUGCCACAGUUCAGUGGCCUGUUAAGAAAGUCAAGCUUGUUUGUCAUUCAGGACGAAUAUUCAUUGGACAUGCUGUCAGGUUUUCUGUAAAAGUGAUUAGAGGGAGCAAUCCCAGAUUCCACUGGGACUUUGGAGACUCAACUGAGGCACUGACGACAGAUUUAAGCACAGUCAAUCAUACUUAUCAUACUCCUGGGAAAUAUAGUAUGAUGGUCCAAGUUCUCAACAGUGUCAGCCAAGUGUCUACACAGCUACACGUGGAGGUGGAGGAGCUCCAAUGUUCAACCCCCCAAGCUUCUCUUGUCCAGAGCCAGUCUACGAUCUUCAGGUCUAGACCAAGUUUCUUUGAAGCAAGCGUGGACAUUAACUGCUCUGCCUACAAAGCGACGUACCUAUGGAAGAUACUCAAAGAGUCAGAUUGUACCAACUUCCCUGAUGACAAAGUUAUUCCUAGAAAUCAGGAAGAUGCAUCUUCACCUCUUCUCUUACUCCCGAAGCAUACUCUUGAUAUAGGACAGUAUUGCUUGGUAUUUACCAUUUCACUUGAGGGAACUCCUCUACUUGUCCAACAAAAAACUAGUGUUACAGUGGUCCACUCUCCACUGGUAGCUGUCAUUAAGGGAGGAUCAUACAGACUGUGGCCCAGCCUCAGUGACCUCGUCCUGGAUGGAUCUGAAUCUCAAGACCCUGAUGUAGAACCAGGAGUCGAUGAUGCACUGCAGUACCAUUGGACCUUCAUGACAGUGAACUCCACAGAGUCUCAUUUUGUAAAACCGCCUGAGGGGAGUAACAGCAGGAAAAUGACUGUACUCAGCACUAAGUUGCACCCGGGCACAGUUUACAUUUUCACCCUCACUGUGCACAAAGCAGGGAGGACACCUGCCUCUGUCAACCAGACAGUGACAGUGUGUGAAGCUCCUGUGCUUCCUGUGAUUGUGGAGUGUGUUUCCUGCUCUGUCCUGUCCUCCCCUCACCACAUUAGUUACAGCAGCCCCAUCAUCCUCUCAGGACAAUGUGGACAGUGUGACGACAAUGCUCAGUACAAAUGGAGUGCUGAGGACCAGACUGGCAGGACCCUUGACCUUGACAAAGUUGCCACCUCUACAGGGAGACAUGCUCCUAACUUGGUGGUGCGUUCAGGUGUCCUGCAGCCAGUACACAGGUAUACCUUCACUCUUAAUGUAUCCCAGCCCAACAGAGGGCAGUGGGGCAGCGCAGGCCUGACGAUACUACCUAACAAUCCGCCACACGGAGGUCUGUGUGAUCUCAGUCCAGAGUCAGAUAUACAUCUGCUGGAGACGGUGGUCACCUUCAACUGCUCAGGGUGGAAAUAUGAUGAUAGCAGGGCCUCUCAGCUGAUCUAUACCUUCCAAGUAGCACCAUGCCAGCCCACUGGUACAAAGUGCCCACUGCUCACUCUGUACAGGGGUACUCGUUCAACAUUUGGCAGCGUGGUUCCAGUGGGAAGUCCUGGGCAAGAAAGAAGCACAUCAGUUAUCACAGUUACAUUGCUGGUAGAGGACCAUGUAGGGGCAAAGGUCAUUGCUCUGAACAGAACGCUGGCAGUUGAAACUCCUGUAAGGGACGAAGUUGCCAGACAGUGGCUCAGAAACAAAAGCCAGACAGAGCUGUGGGCUUUGGUCCAACAUGGCAACCCUCAAGAGAUUAUUCCUUAUUCCAUUGCCCUCACCAGCCAACUCAAUCAGAUGGAGUCUGGACGGACUGCCAGGGAGGUCAUGGACAGGAGGGAGAUUCGGGAAAAUGUGACCCAAGCCCUGGCUUCUCUCCCUGUGUCCUCCUUACUUGAUGUUGAUCAGAUUAGCUCAGCAUUGUCACAGUCCACUGCUGUUCCAAGUGAAUUCUUAUGUGAAAAGUGCCAGGAGAAGGUUCUGGAAGCUGUGGGGAAGAUGAUCCAUGUCAUGGAGGAACAGAUGAGUCCUGGUGUUCUGUCAGUUGUGGAAACAGGACAGAACAUCCUUAAUAUCAUAGGUAGCACCCUGGCAGCUGUAUCUGAGUCUGCUUCCAGUUCUCACCCAGUCUACUCAAGCACUCUGCAGUCAGCUUCCGCAAUCGCUCUGUCAGCGCUGGGUCACGCAAGGGCCCUGAUGCACUCUCUGAUGCAUUCACGUGUUCAUGGAGAGGUGCCCCUUUCGCUCUCCACCGAUUAUGUCAACACAGUUGGUUACCAUGGAGACCCUUCCGACCUCCUCUGCACUCACCAGUCCAACCAAAACCAGAUCGUCCCCUCUCAGUCAGUUGACGAAUCCAAGAGUUCUCGCUCAUGUCAGUUUCAUAUCCCCACCUCCCUCACUGCUCACCUGAAGAGUCAGAAGUCUGAGGUGGUGCAGCUGCUGUUUGAUAUGGAUGCAGAGUUGGGAUCCAACCCGUUGCUAACUGCAGCCGACCCUCCAAUCUCCACUGCUCUGGUGGCCAUGGAGCUCACCACGCCUCAGGGCCAACCCAUACACAUCCAGGAUCUAGACCCUGAACAGGCCAUACGGGUUACUCUGCCCAACAAAUACCCUGUGGGACAAGACACUGGGGGUGGAGAUGGGAGGGUAGGUGAAGCUGGGAAUGGGACAUGUCUUACUGUGAUGCUCCCCACUGAAGGACGGUUGAACCUCACAGUCAAAGCUGUGGAUGGACUGGAUGAAAACGCAGGUUUAUAUAUAGUCUUCAACUUCAGCUUGGACCCAGGAGCUACUCCAGUGAGUCUGGGACAUGUCAAGAUAGAAGUGAGUUCUACGGUGCCAGGGACUAAUGCAUCCCAGGAUUCCCUAGUGAGAGAGUGGGCUCUCACCCUCUCUGCUCCGACCACCUCCACAGAGGAAACCACAUUUCUGUCUCCACUUUUGGACGGGACAGAUAAACCUCUCUCCGUCAACCUGACCUCGUCUUUGGUCGACGGCGGUCCUGUCCAUGUGUCGGUGUGUGUGUUCAGCUCUCUGUGCCAGUACUACAGUGUGAAGGAGAGGCGUUGGAGCAGUGAGGGACUACAGCCACUGGAGGGCAGCACACUCCAUGCAGCACAUUGUCUCACCCAGCACCUCACCAUGUUUGGGGCCAGUUUGUUUGUUCACCCUGGGGUCGUUGUUCUGUUGCCACCGCCAGGCGGUCCCAUGCGUAACAUGGUGGUGGGGAUUGUGUGUGCUGUCCUGGUUCUGAUUCACCUGCUGGUGGGACUCAUUGCCCAUAAACUGGACCAUUUGGACAGCUUAAGACUGAGCCAGGUCCCUCUGUGUGGCAGACCAGGGCUGUACCACUACAGAGUGCUGGUCAAGACCGGCUGGAGGCGGGGAGCAGGUACCACAGCACAUGUUGGCAUCAGCCUGUAUGGAGUGAACAAGAGUGGCUCUCGCCAUCUGCAGAGGGAUGGAGCAUUUCAGCGUGGUAGUCUGGACCAGUUUCACCUGGAGACGGAUGAAAACCUGGGAGAAGUUUGGAAAAUUCGAAUCUGGCAUGAUAACACAGGUCUGGACCCAUCCUGGUACGUUCAGCAUGUGGUGGUUUGGGACCCUCAGACAGACCACAUGUUCUUCUUCCUGCUUGAGGACUGGCUCUCUGUGGAGAAUCACAAGAACGGCUCAGUGGAGAAGGAAGUUCUUGCUUCAUGUCCAGAGGAACUUUCUCUGUUCCGACGGGUCUUCACCUCCCAGCUGACGUUUGGGAUGGUUGAGCACCACCUGUGGCUGUCGCUGUGGCAACGCCCUGCUCACAGCCGUUUCACCAGGGGUCAGAGGGUUACAUGCAGUGCUCUCAUGUUGCACCUCUACCUGGCACUGGGGGCUCUGUGGUAUGGAGCUGUUGGCACAGAGGGGCACAGUGGACCAAUCUCAGCGCAGCUGCUGGUUAACGUGGAAGCGGUUGCCGUAGGAAUGACUGUUGCGUUACUGGUGUUUCCUCUCCAGUGUUUACUUUGUUUCCUCUUCAGAAAAGCUCACAGUCAGGUAACCGUGGACAUGUCAGUUCCUCCCUCUCCUGUUUGUCACUCUGUGGAGAUGGACGUCUACCUCGGCCAAUCUGAGUUCUCCGGCCCUUCCUUCCUGUCUCUCCCAGACUCCUCCGGACCAGUCCGGGACAGUCCCUCAUCUUUACUGGACAGCAAAGCGUUUGACUCCAGUAUUCUGGACUUUUGGGCUGCGUCUGGCUUGGCACCCAAGACAGACAGACCAUAUCAAGAGGGGGGCAUAGGGACAUGGCCAUCCUGUGACAGCCUCCUCAAUCUACCUUUAGGCCUCACCAAGACAACUCCAGCCCCCAACCUCUGCAAGGCUUCUCCUACUCUGGGCCCUACCCGCCAGCUGAGGAGAAAAAAGGCUCUGAUGCAGCUUCGCCUGACCUCACCCUCCUCCACUGACUCACCCUCUGCUCUUUCCUCUCCCUUUUGCACCUAUCCCCUUUCAAGAGACAUUUCCAGUUCUCAUCAGUCCUCUGCUUCCCUUGACAAAAUGGUCUCCACCAUGAACACCAACUUAGUGCAAGCUAAUAAGCACAAUCUGACUACGCUCCUGACUCUGUCUGAGGAGGAUCUGCUGAUGUCUAUAGCAUCAGCAGCAGAGGACACAGCAGAUAUAACUAACAGCAACUCAGACAGCGGCCGGGAUUCCCCUCGAAUCACCUCCUCGCUCUCAACCACCCGGAGCACCUCCUGCAGCAGCUGGUCAGAGCAGAGUGUGGAGAAGUCUCUGUAUGGUGCAGAGAUCCACAGGCUCGAUCCACAGUCCUGUCCUUCCCUGUAUGGGACAAGACUCUACAAGUGUCCGUCUGUGCUUUCUGUAGACUCUGUGGCCAGCACCUUCCUGCCGACCCCUUCUCCUGACUCCACACGCUCCUCCUCCACCACACGCAUAGGCGUUGCUCGAGGUCAGCCCAGCUGGCUGCUCCCUCCCUGGGCACUGUGUGUGAUUUACCCCCUGGUGGCUGUGCUGCUAGGGGCAUGCCUGGCCGUGGUGGGACUCUACGGCAGCUUCCUGUCCAGAACAGUAGUCCUCAUGUGGCUGGUAUCAGCUCUCUCUGCUUUUCUAACCUCUGCUCUGCUGCUGGAACCUCUCAAGGUGUGUGUGCAGGCCUUGAUCUGCACGGCACUGUGGAGGCCUGUGGAUCCAGAGGUGGAGGACCAGCUGGUUCAGGAGACCACUGUGGUGAGGGGAUUCGGAGAGCAUGGCGGGAAGGUCCGGCCGCCGUGUGGCUACGGGCUGCUGCAGGCUAAAGAGGAGGCCCGCAAAGUCCGAGCACUACGUUCACUAAUGAGGCACUGUGUCUGCCAGCUGUUAUUUCUGUUGCUGGUGCUGAUGGUGAACUACCAGGACAGCGUAGAGCAGAGGCAAGGCAGGCUGCUGCACUCCACUGUCAGGCGCCAUCUUCAUAGAGCACCCUUGGGAGUCCCUAACCUCACCUCACUCAGCGGCUGGUCAGAUGCAGAGCAGUGGAUCAACCACACCUUGGUGCCACACCUACACCAAAACCCAACACUGCGCCUUGUUGCAUCCCCGCGGCUGCAGUACACACACGCUCUCAGUCCUCCAACAAGUGUCUUGUUAGGAAACAGCAGUGUAACCACACACCAGCUCCUAGCUGACUUGCACAUGGCAGACUGGAGCAAGAAACAGUGUCAGACCCUUUCUAUAGACUUCACACACUACCACAGAGAGUCUGGUUUAUUUGUGUGUGUGUCCAUACAACUAGAGUGGGCUCAGGCACAUAGAGUCACCCCCUUUCUCUCCAUCCAUCCGCUCCUCAUCCCUUCAUCCUUCUCUGGACUGGACCUGCAGGUGGCACUCACGGUUGUCCUUCUCAUCUCUGCUCUCCUCAUACUGUUCGGAGAGCUGUGGUCUAUGGCUACUGAGUGUGCCCAGUAUUUGCAUCAGUGCAGGCACUGGGUCCAGAUUCUGCUGGCGAUGUUGUCCCUGGCAACGGCUAUCCUGCAAUUCUGCUUCCUGUCUGAGGCCACUCUCUGUGUUUCCAAGCUUCGAUCCCAACUAGACAGCUUCAUCAACUUCCACAGUGCUGCUGUUCUGGCACAGAGGUGUUCUCAGUGUGCGGCUGUCCUGCUCACUCUACUUGUUCUAAAGCUGCUGGGAACCUUGAGGUUUGUGCGGAGGUGGGUGGUGUUAGGCAGAGUGCUGCAGAGAGCCUGGAGGGAGCUGUGGGCUCUGACUGUCCUGCUGCUGUUGCUGCUGCUGCUCUGCACUCACCUCGGAAACACGCUCUUCUCCCGUUCGGUGGAAGGUUUCUUGUCAGUACAUCAGACAGGUGUCUCUGUGCUGUCCAUCCUGCGUGGCCGGAUGGCUCUUCAAAGACUGUGCAGGGUCCAUCCAGUCCUGGGCCCUCUAUAUGGGCUUCUGCUGAUGGGGGGAGGUGUUUGGCUCUUGGCCAGACUCUGUGGAGCUGUUCUCAUCCAUACAUACAGGUCAGAGCAGGCUGAGCUGUACCGUCCAACCAUCGAACCUCAGGACUAUGAGAUGGUUGAGUUCUUCGUCAAGAGACUUAAGCUGUGGAUGGGACUCACCAAAGCUAAAGAGUUCAGGCACAGGGUGAAGUUUGAAGGUAUGGACAUCCCUCCUUCCAGGUCCUCACAGGAAUCCCGUCUCUCCACCCGAUCUUCCACCCUCCCCUCUUCACGCUCUCCUUCCCUGUCCUCUUCAUUUUCAUCCCCCUGUCCCCUGUCCUCGGCUUUCUCAAUGAGGUCUGAGGACUCAUCAAUGUCUGAGCCAGGGUUCGAUGUCCAGCCUUACCUGGACCGUCUGCUGCCCUGCGUCAGUGCGCUGCUAUCUCAUUUUGAUCAGGUCAAUCAGAUAACUGAGGAUGUUCACAACCUGGAAAUGAAACUAGAAGAGGCUCAGACAAGAAGGAGAAAGAGGUGGAUCAGUAAUGAGGACAAAGGUGUAGAAAGAUUCGGAGAGUCAGCAAAGCCAAAUGAACUGGAAGGAGAAGGAAGGGAAACAGGAGAAGUAAGACUCAGGAGGACAGGUCUUAUUCACCCCAAGCCACGAGUCUCCCUUCCGUCCUCAUUCUCUUUCACUCCUGCCACACUUCACUCCCCUGCUGCAUCAGUCUGCAUCUUUCCCCGUACACGUAGCACCAACUCUGAGUCUGACUCAGCAUCAUUCCAGCCUCAGGCAUCUAGUGAAAACCAUACUUCUGAAACCGCCAAGUUUGCAUCUGGAAUUGGUGGUUUGUAUCCUCCUGGAUAUGACGGGUUUCCCAGGAGAAGAGCCUGGCAUUCUGGGAGCUCUCAUUCAGCUGAUGCAGCUCAGAGGAUCUUCCAGGCCCAAGGUAGAGAUGCUCCAUGUGGCAAAGGAGUAGAAUAUCUAGCAUUCACUAACACCAGACCCAGAAGUGAAGAAGGGGUAAGGUGGCAAAUCAGUGACGGGGUCCCUGUGAAGAGGAAGGCUUGGACUGAGCAAGAUUGACCAUGUGCUGACACUGAGAGUGAACUUAGUUGACAGAUAUGUAUCUGAUCGGAUCUCUCUAGUGGUUUGCAUCUACAAAGUCUUGGACUGUAUUUGUUGCUGCUUUGGAGCUGCAUAAUGAAACACUGGUUUGAGGAUUUCAUUGUUUGCUAGCAGGUGCUAUUUAGGUAGUAAUAAAAGCCCUCUGAUUUUGCACAUGAAGAUCAAUUUACUUGUCUUGGUAGUCAGAGGGGAGGACUUGAGUCACAUGACUUGUCAAAAAUUGGAUAUCUUCAGACUUGACAAAGUCAAAAAAGACUUGCAACUUGCCUUGGACUUUAACACCAGCGACCUGUGACUUCACCUGGACAUGAGCUCUUUGACUAGGAAAUACUUGAUUUCUUCCUCUAACCCCAAAGAUUAAAAAGUUUGUUAUUUACAAAGAGGGACACAAAUCAAUUAAUUUCAAUUCAUUUCCUGCAGGAGAGAACCUUGAAGGACUAAUGUUACAUGACAAAGCACCAUUUGGAAAAAAUUAUACCAAAAAUAAUUUUGUUUGGGUAUGAAAACUAUGUGGUGGUCCAAAAAAACAAAAACAAAUUGCAAUAUGCAAAACAUGCAAAUUACAGAUGUAGACACAACUUGUUUUAACAAAUAAAUACAAAAAGCAUUAAAAAGCAUACAUGAUUUCUGUGAAUUAACAUUACGCUGUUGUUCAAUUAGCAUUACAUUUGGUGAAGAGUGCAUUACAGUAUAACUAGUUUAGGACUCAAAAGUCAAAGUUUAGGACUUGGGACUUGACUUCAGACUUGUCAGUCUUGACUUGGGACUUGACUUUGGAUAUGAGUGCCAAGACUUGAGACUUACUUUUGACUUGCAAAACACUGACUUGGUCCCAUCUCUGUAAGGAGUAAAACUCAGCCUCAAAUAGUUGCAUAUUGUCAGCAGUGGUUCUGAUAACCCCAGACCCCAGAGUAUGUCAUCGGGGGUAUCUCUGCUUGGGUUUAAGACCACUAAUUUUUUUCUGUUUAGUUGGCAUCUAGGAGUGAGGAAGUGUAAAAGACGUGGGCAUUUACCAAUCAGAGUGAGUCAACUUAAAAAAAAAAAUGCAAUUGCUGCUUGACCUAUAUCAGGACUUCAGAUCAGGAUAUCUUGGACUCUGCUGCAGUGAUUGUGACCAUUUUGGCAGGUCCAAAAACUUUAUGAGGGUACAAUACUAAAAUGCUGGAGUACCAUGAAAGAUAUUCCUCCAUACACUGCAACCAAUUCUGGGCUUACCAUUGUCACCAGUUAUGGACUGAAACUGUUCCUCCAGUGCUAUUUCUGAGACAGCUAUAAAAUCUUCCAGUCUUCUGAAGAAAAACAACCUGGAAGCUUUUAGUUGGAGUGAUAAAAUUUUCAAAUUUGAAUUAGUCUCUAUUUCAUAUAAAGAGAUUUUAGCACCCUACACUUGCACAUACUGUAAGACAUUUAUUGAAUGAAUUCAUCAAACUUACGUUCCCUUCUGGCCUCCAUUAGAGUUUUUAUAAAUGUUCUAUGUGCAGGACUUUCCUUUGUUACAAAAUAAUUGAUUCCUAUCCAGUGCGCACACUUAGAAAUAAUGGAUGUAUAAGUCAUUUUUCAAAACCCAGUAAUUAUUUAAGCCUGUUGACCAUUCACGCUGUAAGUGAAGAAGGAGAGAACGGGGAGUAAUUAAUGUAAUAUUUGGAAAAAAUUGAACUUUCACUGCUUCUUUGUACAUAGUAUUGUUCCUCACAAUGUUGCAUACCUGUAAAUGCAGUUAUAUGCUGAUAUACUUUUAAAAGAGACUUUGGAUAUUUUAAUCCACAGGCAAAUAAAGACAAGUGACCUUA